AUGAUCAAGGCUAUUUUCAUCUGGUUCUCACUAAUUUUUGUAUGCGCGGCAUUGUCUGCUACUUCUGGUUCUGGAGCCACUGAGCUGGAACGCGUUCGAACUCAACUGGGUUACGUACCGACAAACUUUAUUUCUGUCUCUGCUUGGAAAUCUGAUUUACAACAACCCAUUGCAAUACGGACUUAUCCAUUGAAUGGAGGUGCUAAACGACGUCAAUCAAAGGCCGGAGUACCUGGUCAGGCAGUGAAUUCUCCUUUCCCAACAUUGUAUUGGCUGACUUGCCCUGACAUAUCCAAGGCGAUCGCCGACCUUGAAGGACGAGGGUAUUUGAAAAAAAUUGAAGCUUCCAUAAGGGAGAGUUCAGAGCUGACGAAUAAACUUGUGCAAUGUCAUAUUCAGUAUGCAGAGGAACGAUGGAAUAGUUUGACGGAAAAAGAUCAACAAUUACUAUCAGAUUCAAACAAUCCAUCGAUCGAGAGAAUGCGUAUUAUGAUGAGAGAUUCGGGAGUCUCGGGGACAAACUUUACUAUGUACACCGAAGGAGUCGGCACCGAGAUGCCUUCGAUCAAGUGUUUACAUGCUCAUUACGCCCACUAUGUUAGCACAAAGGACACACUAGAAUUUCCAAAUCCAGUGGGUGCAAUGGUGCAUGAAGCCUUACAGAAAUGCCAUCCAGAGGUGGAUCUAUAG